GGGAGUCACAUGACCUGUAGCUCUAUGAGCAAUUCACUACGUCAACCCAAUUGCCCAACCGGCCCACUUCUGGUCGAGCGGGAUCUUGAGUGCGUGACCCACAACCGCAAACAUCCGACUCCCGUUGUUUGCAGUGCGGCAACGCAAGCACACCCUCUCCCUCCAUAGUAACCAGGGGAUCAAACCGGCCAUUGGGUUACCCUAUCCAUCGCUACGAGAUCCUCCAUGGUAGAACGACUCGAGUUGGCCAAUUUAUCACCCAUUCAAAGGUUUCAAGAUGCAGAAGACCAGAGCGCUCGGGUCCCUCAAAGACCUCUUCCCACGCCUGCACCAGCCGCUGCCGCUGGACAAGCGCGAGUCCCAGCGGCUUCUCGACACCAUUAAGGCCUCGUUCCGCAAACAGCUCGAUGAAGAGCACGGCUGGACCGCGUCGGAUUCCGGAAAGGACUCGCCGCGCUUGAAGCUCGCCACCGUUCAUUCCCGUACAGGAACUGUCCCGUCGACAGCACCCGCCCGGCCAACCGAUAGGCACAUGCGCGCCAUUCUCGACAACCCGCUUUUCACUCGUGUCGAGGUGCCGAAGCGCAAAGAGGAGUCCGCCAACAGCCUAGACGCACACAAGGCGGUCUUUCGAAAGGCUGUCUCGAGAGGACUCGUGACCCUAAACACGGCACAGGGCUUCCUUAUGCACAUCGAGUCUGUGGCAUUCCGGCUAAGGCCGGAAAAUACCGCGGCAGAUGGUCCGUGGCUGAGGAAUCAAUUGCAAGAUACUGGAGCCGGUCUGCUUGUCUUGCAAUGGCUGCGAUCAUCAGGCCAAGAGCGGGACCUCAAGUUCCUCACCAACGCCAAUUUCACCAACAUUCUCGCCCGCUUCCUAGUUGCUGAGGGCCUCGAUGAUGUUGUUUUGAUGUGGUUCGAACGGUUGCUGAAACCCGGCUCGGAGCGAACCGAGCCAGAAUUCCAAACCGCCAAAAAUCUGCUUGGCCGUCUCGUAUACGCCAAACAAGCUCGUAACUUGGAAUCGGCGUAUACGACCAUCCUCAAAGCGGCUGCCAUAGCCGAGGAGAAAAGUUGUCCGCCAGCCGUCGUGAAGUAUGCUUGGUGCAUAUUGGCCAACGAGACCUCGAUGCACCAUGACAAGCAAACCAUGCCGCCCGCGCACAUCUACGACGCGUUCGUCGCCUUGGGGCGCAAGCUUAAUCCAGGCGCGCAGUUUAUGGCUCAGCUCAGUCUGCGCCAUCCAGUUGAGCCAACCUCGGGACCCGCUGUUGAAUUCUUGCAGAGCAAGGGCGCUUGGCGGGUGAACGAUGCCCAAAAUCCAGUCACCCUUCGAUACCUUCGUCACGUCCAUCGCUUAGCUGUCGACACUGCUCAAUACCUUACGCAGACCAAUCAGGCCGAGGAAGCAUCGCGUCUAUUCAACUUUGUAAGAGAGAAAAUUAGUAUGUUCACGGACCCGAAUGAACUCGAUCUGGUCGGAGAUCUCGAGCCGGCCUGAGCGCGUCCUCGACAACAACCAAGCAUUGUCCCCCAGACAGUGCUGUCAUCAAACAUUCCACCACCCCCGCUCACCAACACCUCGAUUUACCCUCGGUGAGCUGACGACAGGCCGCCAAAAGUCGUCCAUUGUGC